GAGUCUCACACUCAAAUCGCAUUGGCAGAUCGAGCAAUUUCACCAGUGAAAGCAGAGAAAAUGUCUGGAAGAGGAAAGGGCGGCAAGGGUUUGGGAAAGGGGGGUGCCAAGAGGCACAGGAAAGUACUCCGCGAUAAUAUCCAGGGUAUCACCAAGCCCGCCAUUAGGCGUCUGGCCAGGAGAGGAGGUGUUAAGCGUAUCAGUGGCUUGAUCUAUGAAGAAACCAGAGGAGUCUUGAAGAUCUUCUUGGAAAAUGUCAUAAGAGAUGCUGUCACAUACACAGAACACGCACGACGAAAGACUGUGACGGCCAUGGAUGUGGUCUAUGCUCUCAAGCGACAGGGCAGGACUCUCUACGGCUUCGGCGGUUAGGUUUAAUUUUAAACGAGGGUUUUUAAUUUUUUUGGUGUUUUUAAACACCACCUCUGUUAUGGAAUCGUUUGUUAACUGCUAAAUGUCGGAUUUAUGUGAGUUCAAUUCUUUCGGUACUAAUUCUACUGUGUAUUGCGGAUUUUAGUUGACAUCCAGUAGAGUUUAAAUUUCAAUCAUUUGAAAGUGGGGAUGAUAAAAUUUAGGGAUCGUGAAUUGAAAUUUCUGCUUUCGAUUGGGAGAUCGAGAAGGUUUAUUGGCGAAUGUUAGCUAGCCACGAUUAUACCGAAUGGAUUUAUAACAGUUGUUGAGAUGAAUAUCUUAUCCAGGAUUUUUGAAA